AUGAAAACCGAACAUCUGGCUUCCUUUAUACGCAAUAUUUCCUAUCGUCUGUUCCAACGGUGGCUUGCAAUUCUUGUCCGACAUUUUGUACGAUUCUCAGUGUUUCUUUCUUGUUCCAUUCUUUCCUUCUCUUUUAUUUUUUCUUCAUUCUUUUGCUGUAGUUCUCUUUCCUCCGUUUUUUAUUCCAAGUAUUUUUCAAUUUUAUCCCUAUCUUUUGUUUUGUUAUUCUUGCGUCGCAUUUUCAUCAUCAUUCAUUGCUUUUUUCCUCUUCCUUAUUUAAUCAUUUUACUUUCUUUUAUAACCUCUUUCAUCAUUCGUUUUUUUCCAUAUUCAUUUAUUGCUUCAGCUUUCUUACUUUCAUCUCUCAUCUUCCCAAAUUUUUCCUCUUCCUCUCAUUUCUCUCCUCAUUCAUUUUCAUCACUUCAGUUUUUUAACACAUUUAUCAUUCUUUUUCCUUUCUUUCUUUCUUUCUUUCUUUCUUUCUUUCUUUCUUUCUUUCUCCCCUUCACCUUCCCUCCUUCAUUUCUUAGAUUCCCAGUAUUUUUUCCAAAUCCUCCUUCUUCCUGUAUCAUCUUCCCGCCUUUGUUCCUUUCUACUGUCAUCUGCAUGUCUUCUUUCAUCAUUGUUCUCCAAAAUCCUUCUUUUUCUUGCCUAACCUUCUCGCCUUAA